UUAAAGAUCGCAAUUCAUGAUAAUGAAAUCAAAGUAACAAUAAAUAAUAAGCCUCCUCAAAAAAGGUAUUUUUUUCACAUUACGUAACUGGAUAAUUAUAUAGGGCAAAUUAUUUCCAAAUACAUCAAAUUCCUUGGGCGUUACCAGUUUCGGUUAUUCUUGCCCCACUUUAGGUAGUUAUUAUUUUUCCCACAGUCUUCGAAGGCAGCAUGCUAUCGCGGCAUCGCCGGACCUCUCUCAGGUGUCUUUCCCGGGCAGCUGCACAGCGGAACGGAGAAAUGAGAAAGGGGCAGCAUGGCGGACAGGGAGAAGAGGAAAGCCACCCCGCCGUCUGGCCGCAACAUACAGGUGAAGUCCCCGGCCAGUUUCAGGUUGACCCAUGACAUCAGCCUUGAUGAAUUUGAGGACGACGACCUCUCCGAAAUCACAGAGAUCACAGAUGAGUGUGGGAUGAGCCUUAAUUGCAAUGGCCCAGAUAUAAAGAGCCGUGUGAGGCGAGGAACCAAUAGCAUGUCGGGGAAGGCGGAGCUAGGUGCAGUCGGCCAGCUUCAGGCAGAGAUGCUGCAUUUGGACCUCAUCGAUGGUGCUGACGGUUACCGCGGUGACAAAGAAUCCUCGAAGGCGUCUGCAAUUUCAACUCCGCCAGUCACCAAGGACCCUGCAGCACCUGUUACCAUGGAUACUUACCGGCCCAAGAGACCCACGACCCUUAACCUCUUCCCAAUCGUGCCACGCACACAGGACACGUUAAACAACAACUCCCUUGGUAAGAAAUACAGUUGGCAGGAGAAGGUUUCAGGCUCAUCCUCGCCCCUUAAAACAGGUGACCUCACCCCUCCACGUGAGCACAGCUGUCUAAGCGACGAGGACAAGGUGCACGGAGGGGGAGCGCAGACCAAAGACCGCGGGACCUCCACCGACGCCCCCUGCAGACACAGCCACACCUCGGGACACUCGCACAGCUCAUCUGCAGGGGCUGGGACACGGUCCAAGAUUCAGGAGAAGCCACCGGCACCACCACCACCACAGAACUAUACACCAGCUCCUCUAUAUCCAUCAGGGAAGGCGGAUGGCAGUGGGUCCCACAGGGAGAGGAUUAGAUACCACACAGACGUUCAUAUCGAGCCAACAGAGGAGAUCUAUCUGACUCCUGUGCAACGUUCCGCAGAUCCCCUGGAACCCCCCACUGUCCAGGACCGGCCUUUCCUCUCACAGCAGACGGAGCAGGGACGCAUGUCCAUUAGCUCUGACACAGAGGGACCACCUCCUUAUCAGCCCCUCCCGGACCGGACCAACCCCUCCAUCUAUGAGGAGGAUGAGAUCUAUGUCCCCCCACCGUCAUACGCUUCCUGUGUAGAGUCCCUCAUCACGCCACCUAGCAUGGCUGUGUCAGCUCACUCCUCCCAUGCACUGGACCUCAGCCUAAAGGGCACAAGUACAGGAGCUGGGGCCAUGCUCAGGGCUGGGUCAUCAGUUGAGUAUGUUGAUGCCACAGAUGAAAGCUACUGUGGGGAUGACGAGGAUGUGGACAGGUUAAUAAUGGACGCAAAGAUGAGAAAAGGAGGGGUAAAGGGAGCCGCCCCACCGAGGACUUCCAUGAGCUCAGAGGCCAGCGGCCUGACAUAUGACUCAGUUAAAUAUACAUUGGUGGUGGAUGAACACGCUCAGCUGGAGUUAGUCAGUCUCCGGCAGUGUUACCAAGGCUACAGCGAUGACAGUGACUCGGCCACCGUCUAUGACAACUGUGUCUCGUCUCCAUACGAGUCAGCCAUCGGAGAGGAGUAUGAGGAAGAGGAAGAGGAGCAUGACCCUCGGAUAGGAGGAGUGCGUCGAGAGGCCACAGCGUGCCUAUCUGAGGAUUCUACUCCAGAGGCGGACCUCCACUUCUCCAAGAAGUUCCUCAAUGUCUUCAUGAAUGGGCGCUCUCGCUCCUCCAGUGCAGAAUCCUUUGGUUUAUAUUCCUGUGUCAUAAACGGUGAGGAGAAGGAUCAGAGCCACCGAGCCGUCUAUAGGUUUGUCCCUCGGCACGAAGACGAGUUGGAGCUAGAGGUGGAUGACCCGCUGCUGGUGGAGGUCCAGGCAGAGGAUUACUGGUAUGAGGGCUACAAUAUGCGAACUGGUGCUCGUGGUGCCUUCCCAGCCUACUACGCUGUAGAGGUGACCAAGGACACGGAGAACUACAAAGUAAAGAGCAAUGAAUGGAUUGAGAGAUACCGCCUAAAGUUUCUGGGGUCAGUUCAAGUGCCCUAUCACAAAGGAAACGAUGUUUUGUGUGCAGCUAUGCAGAAGAUUGCUACUAACCGAAGGAUGACAGUCAAGUAUAACCCACCUUCCUCAUGCAUCCUGGAGAUCAGUGUGAAGGGCAUCAAGCUUUCAGUUCAAGAGGAUUAUUAUGCCUGUGACAGAAGUAACGAGUGCAGUCACUUCUUCCAAUUAAAGAACGUCUCCUUCUGUGGCUAUCACCCAAAAAACAGCAAGUAUUUUGGUUUCAUUACGAAGCACCCAGCAGACCAGAGAUUUGCCUGCCACGUAUUUGUGUCUGAAAAUUCUACCAAACCUCUUGCAGAGUCAGUAGGGAAAGCCUUCCAGCUGUACUAUAAAGAGUUUGUGGAGUUCUCAUGCCCUACAGAGGACAUCUACCUGGAAUAGCCUUGCCUUUAACCACAACCCUGUAAAGUACGCUGUAUCAUAACAUAAUGUUGCAUGAAGGACAGAUAUACAUUAAUUGGUAAAACAAAAACAAAAAAGGGAAAAAUAAAACAUUAACACAUCUGACAAACAAACAGGAAUAGAAGGCCCAAGUAUCAGACCUGUGGUGAAAACCUUGUGCAGCAACCAGAGAUGAAAAUGAGCCAAAGGAGGGGUUUCCUGGGAAAUGAAAAUAUGCAAAAUGGCAUCAGUGAUGAGGCAAAAAUGGAAAGCACAAACAUUUAACUCUUCAGUUUCUGCAAUGCUUGUUAGCCUGUAGCAUCAUGUCAGCAGGGGCAAAGCUGAAAGCUCAGCACACAGUCUGGACGGCACCACUUUGUACACUGGAAAGAAGAAAGAAAAAGCAGCAUUUAUGACUUGGAGGUGAACAAGCAAGUGAUGAUGGUUCAUUUUGUCUUGAAAUACUGUAACCAGGGUGUGAGCACGAAAGAGCUGUCUAUUUACUAAAGACGUAACAGCCUCACAAUGAAAAAGGAAUACUAAACUAAAAAAAACCCAUGUAUGAACAGUGAAUUUUUAUCAUUUUAUCACACCUAAUAUGAAGGUAUGUCCACAUUUAUUUAAAAAAAAGAGAAAUCUGAAUAAAAAUCAGAUGCAGGCGAAGUGCUCUGCAUUUUUGGGGUUCUUGCCACAUUUUUACUGCUUUUUGUUAAACCCAGAUACAGCAGUUUGAUCUGCACUGCAGAUUCAAGGUACAGUAAGUACAGUGUGAAUGCACAAGAGUAGAAUAGGUUUGCUUUUCCAUUUAGCAGUUGGAGCUAACUAGAACAGCUGAGUAUUUGAAUUUCAAAUAGUUUUAGUUGAAUAAAAGUAAAAACUGGUUUCAGCUUCUCACUUUUCAGUCAGACAGGCAGAUAGUAAACUCUGGAGAUUGAUUUCUAUACUUGCUAAUGCUCAGUUAAAGUAGACUUUAAACUACUUUUCUCUUGCAUCUGUGUGUCUCAUUAUUUGGAGAUUCCUGUUGGUGGAGUUUUACUGGUGGAAUUUUUCACUCUCGCCACUUGUGUAAGUUUGCUCCUGGUGGAAAACUACCACAACAAAAGAUUUAUGGACAAACCAUGGGUUGAUGGUUUCACUUCCUGAUGGAGGCUUUUGUGCCCAAAUGCACUGGAGUUUUAGGUUAAAACCUAAAAUGAGGGUACAACCAUGUAAUGUAACCAAAGUGUUUUGAGCUCAGGAGGUGCUCCUACUUAAAACAAAUUAAAUACUAAAAUCUCAUAUUCCCCCUUUCCACCAGUUGAGCCAGGUGCUGGUUCAAGUCUUUUGUGCUAGUGGUAGUGUGCAAUUGGGCCCUCCAAAUGUUGGUUGGCUUUUUCACGAGCCUUUGUAGUUUUAACUUUCCGUCACAUGUAUAAGACUAUGAACAUAUCAAAUGAUUAACACUUUACCCUUUGAAAGAUUACUUUGGAGUAACCAUUGAAGUUCUUUUCAUGACUGAGUGGUUUCUUGUCAUUUUUCAGGCUUUAACCUAUAGAACAAAAUGGCUGAGUUGGCAUUAGAAGUUAAUGAGAAAUAACCUGGAAACUAUUCCAAUUGUUGUCAAACUACAUCUUUACUAUAUAUACACAUAUAUAUACAUACAUACAUACAUAUAUGUAUAGAGAGAGAGAGAGUGAGAGAGAGAGACUGAGGUGUCAGAAACCAUCGUUAAGUUUACAGGGGAUGUUGACAAAUGUCAUCUCUAGGGGAGAAAGUGUUAAAGGUUUCAGCUUUUUGCUGAACUGAACUGUUGAGAAAUGAAGUGAAAAGAGGCCAUUUGUCUCUCUCACUGACCACAGCUGGAAAACUAAUGAGGUGUAUUUGUAUAACUGCUACUGCUCGAUUUUUUUAAUAUUGCUAGUCUGCUUAAAUUAUCCUCCAUACUGACACUUGGGUUUUUCUUCUAGAUGAUAUGCUAGUUGUAUUUUUUAAUAAUGGCCCCAGCCCCUUUUGUACUUUUGUCAUAGUUGAAAAGCAGCAAAGUGUUGAUCCUGCAUUGAAUACUUCUUUGUGACAAAGGCAGAAUAAAGAACUCCUUAAAUGCACUAAGCAUUGUCCAUGCAGAAAAGGUUUAGAGGUACAUAAGUGUGUACUUUAAGCAAACAUCUAUUGGUGCUCUCGUGCACAGCUCUGUCCAUAUGCUCAGUAAAGCCUUAGUAAUUCCUAGUCUAAUGUCAGACAUGCAAUGCUUCUUUACUGUGUGCUCUAAUUAGGUGUGAAAUUAGUGAUAAAGAUGUUUAACAGGGAAAAAACCCAUCUGAGUUAGGCUGUUUACUCCUCCUUCAUAUGAAAUUUUAGAAACCUCCUCUGUUUCAGCAACUAGAAUAUGACACAUUCUCAGACUGGUAGAAACAAGAUAAUGAUCGUUGGUGCAGUAGGUACAGGUGCUAACGAGGGAGCAAAAACAAAACUGGUGUCUUCAGAUCUUCACUAGUAGUGCCUCUUUUUCAUCAGAUCAUUGUUACUUUUUUGAGUCAACAUUAUCAAAAUAUUUUAAGGGUUUGCCAUUGAGUGUGUGUUGACUUUAAGGUGUUGAAUGCAAAUUGAGUUGUUUUGCUGUGAUUUGCUCUUCAUUCCACUGCACUACACAUUAUUUGCUGUACAUGUGCUGGUUUUCGUCUAUUCAUCCACGUUCUACCAUUUAUUGGCAUCAGGGGACCAGCAGAGAAGCUCCUCCAGCUCUUCUAGGGUCACACUGAGAUGCUCUGGGCUGCAGGCCAUCCUCAAACAGCAAACUCAAAACAGCUCCUUUCAGUGCAAAGUAGCAGCUCUAUCCUUUGCACCACCCAAAUAACUGAGCUCCUAACUGUGUGCCUGGCAGAGCCAGGAUGGCCUUUAGCGUAAACACAUUGCUUAAACCCAUAUCAGUCAUCAUCUUCUUUCAGUUCAUUGCCGUAGAUGAUGGUAGGAACAUGGCUUGAACUGUACGUUAACAAUUUUGUGACACUCAGCUUGCCGUUCAUAGCAACAGUGUUUGUGGUGUCUGUUUCAAAACUCCUUUAAGAUCAUACAGAAUGAAUAUUUUACCCAAAAGAUUUCAAAUACACCUUCUCAUUAUGUCUCUGAUAUCCAUAGGAGUAUACAUAUACUUGGGAAAUUAUAUAUUUUAUUAUUAGAGAAGCUAUUUUUAAUUAGCUCAUGCCUAACACUUCUCAAGUUAGGCUUGUUUGAGAACUUAGUCAUAAUGAAAAGAAACUAAAACCUCACUCAAGUGUUGUUGAAGUCCAUUAAUAUCCUGUUUCUGAACAUGUGAAACCAGUGAAGAAACACACAGUGGAAAAUUACUGAGACUUGAUGUUGUAAAAUGUGCCAUAAUGGUUUAAGAAGCAAUAAUGAUUUUGAGCUGUUACACCAAUUACUGCAGGUUGAUUUGGACUUACCUUGACCUCCACAAAAAAGAGCUUGAUAGAAGUUUUAGUAACUCAGAUUGCGCAUCGUAAUCUGAAUUAUUAAAAUUAACAUUAAGUUACUCCAUUUUUGUGAUGAUGACAUUUUUUUUAAUUCAUCAGCACACGUACAGCACAGUUGUUCUGCAGUUAAAAACACAGUAUUCAUUCUACAUCAAUUGUCACUAACACUGGUUUGUAACAGAAUAUUUUAUGUGGUAUAUAUUUAUCAGAAGAUUAAAUAAAUGUAAAAGCAAGGAUAUGGAAAUGUUCUAUUCAGCAUUUGUCUCACCAGUUGUCAGUUUUUCCUUGUCAAAAACAGAAAAAAAAUCAUUUUGAAGAAAACGAGUUGUCUGCUGUUGUUGAAAGCCAUUGUGUUUGUAUCAGGAGAGAUCAAAACUCACUUUUCUAUGAAUUCCCCUCUUAAGAGCCGAUCAGACUGACAGGAGAAAAUACAAAGAGUGUACAGACAUGCCGUAUAUAAAUAAAGAAUUUAAUUUCUGUAAUUAGAAAUAUGACAUUGUAUUGAUUCAACAUGUAGUUUGUGAAAUUUCUCUUUAUUUUGAACAUUUUUCUUUCAGCUGUGAAUUAUUCUCGAUUUAAA